AUGACAUUUGACAUGGACACAAGAAAGAUCAGCCAAUGGCAGGAGGAGUUUGUGGCGGUUUUGCAGUUUGAACGGACGGCCGGCCGGCCGGGCGAGCGAGCGAGCGAUCGAUCGGUGGGGGAAAUGUUGGUCGCGGUGAGAAGGCUGCUUAAAGAGGUAGAAGCUGCAAAGAAUCUUUCCAAAGAAGAAGAAUAUGUAACAGAAGAAGGGCCCACUGUAGUUCAGCAUGUAGUUGGUUUCCGGAGGAAACAGAAGAUGAUGUUUCGGCAGCUGAAGACAUGUGCUUUGCUGUUGGAUCUGGUGAAAAACAGUGAUGCCAAUGGGAUUAAAGAAAUUGACCAACAGCAGGAUAUCCAGCUGAAAGUCAAUGAAAUGAGGCAGAAGUGGAAGAGCUUGAAAUCAGAAUGUCGAGUGCAAGAAGAGGAGCUUCAAAACAUGUCCACCAUCCUACAGAAAUUCCAAGCUCUCGAGGCAAAAGAGCAAGCUUUGAAGGAUGCUAUCCAGUUAUAUGAAGCAAAGAAAAGACAGCUUGAAGAGGUUGCUCACCAAAAGAAGUUACAGUUUCAGGAGGAGCAGAAACUGGGAUUGGCCGAAGAGAAGAGUCUGAUUGAGAAGGGCAUUGAGGAAUGCUCCCUGUCUAUAAGCAAGUGCCAUGCCUCGAUACAACAGGCACAGCGAGCAAUCCAGCUGAUGGCGAGGAAGUGUGGUUUCACUGACAGCAUACGCCCUUGUGAUUUCCACACCCUGUCUAAUCUCCACCAAAUCCUAGAGACGCAGUCAGGGGUGAAAGUGCUGGCACUCUCUGAAGAUCAGGCCACUCUACAGUUUGAUCCCCGCUCGCUGAUCCCCCUGACCAAGCUCACUCCACUUGUGCUGACGAUAACCUGGACUAGCAACGAAGCAGCAAAGCUUGAGACGAAUUGUGCCUUCCUUGAGCUGUCUGAUAUCAAGUCACUGGAUCUGCCAAACAUUACAGCUGAAAUCUGGAAACGUUACAUGAGCCAGGCUGAGCUCUGGGGGGAGAUCCAGGACCUACAGAACAAGUACGCUAUUGAUUGGCUGGAAAGUGAGCGGAAGCUGAGGUUACUACGUUUGAUUGCGAGCAGCUCGUCGAACAUCAUCUACACGAUGUAUGUCGAGCCCGGUUACCCAGUUGAUGGCGAGGUCAAGCUCUGCUCCAUCCAAGAGAACAAUAGGCUUAUUGAUAUGGUGGUAAAGCCUCCACAAGCCAAGCCGCUGCUGACUGACUGGUUGGAGUAUCUGAACAACUUGAAGUAUCGGGAAGGAUAGAGGGUGCUUUUUUCUCUUGUGUGCACGUAAUUCUCUACACUGGGUGAAAGAUUGUGACCAUGCAUCUAAUCUGCACACUUCAUGACAUUACGAGCCUCUAUAAGGUCAAGUCUAACUUGGAGCUGGAUGACAGAGCAGAAACAUAUACUCUGUGGCCGCUUGAGUUACCUCCUGUACCAAAUAAAGUGGCCAGUAAGUGCAUGUUCAUGCCUUCUGCUGUAGACCAUUCACUUCACGGUUUUAUGCAUUCAGAGGUGCUCUUCUCCACCCCACUGUUGUAACGAGUGGUUAUUUGAGUUACUGUCACUUUCCUGUCAGUUUGAACCAGUCUGGCUCUUCUCCCCUCUCCUUUCCUCUCCUCUCUCCUCUCUCAUUCACGAGCUGUUUUUGCCCACAGAACUGCGGCUCACACUGCAUGUUUCUGUUUUGUUGUUUUUCACGCCACUCUCUGUAAACUCUAGAGCAGGGGUUCCCAACCUUUUUUAUGCCAUGGACCAAUGCUAUUAAGCAAGGGAUCCAUGAACCCCAGUUCUAAAGACUCUUGUCUGUGAAAAUUCCAGGACAUCAGUUUCUCAGAUACUCAAACCACCCUGUCUGGCACCAACCAUCAUUUCACAGUCAAAGACACUUAGAUCACAUUUCUUUCCCAUUCUGAUGUUUGGUCUGAACAACUGAACCUCUUGUCCGUGUCUGUAUGCGUUCAUGCAUUGAGUUGCUGCCACAUGAUUGGCUGAUUAGAUAUUUGCAUUAAUGAGCAGGUAUACCUAAUAAAGUGGCCACUGAGUGAAAGUGUCAGUCCCUGGGGUGCUCUUGAAUCCACUGAGUCUCCCCAAAGAUCAUUGCUGAAGAACAGCCAGCUAGAUCAUAAACACAAGAGAUUCUGUAGAUGUUGGAAAUUUAGAGCAGCGCGCACGCGCACACACGCACGCACACACACACACACACACACACACACACACACGUAUAUCAGUACAGGAAAUAAAUUUAUUUUUCAAU